GGUUCCUUCGUUCCCCGUUUGGUGCGCCAAGGGGGACUGCCGGAGAGUGUGUGUCGGGAUCUCUGGUCAGUUCGUGGUUUUAUUAAUUAUGGGGUUGGAAUACGUGGGGGACGGAGCGCAUUCGUCGCGCGGGUCGGGAUCUCGGGGCGGUUUAAGCCAACCGUCAUGCAUCUUCGCGGCGGGAUCCCUACGGCCGGAUGACGACAGCGGGAUGCCUUGGACCCGUUUCUUCCACAGAAGGACAGAGUGCUCCAGAGCUGUGUUGCAAGGAGCGAGGCUAUACCAGUACGAGUGGGACAGUGCAGGCGAAACAACUAUGUUGAUUACACCUCUCUUCUCCCAAUUGAGUAAUGAAUUGGCUUUUCCGUCGUCUGCGGGGUCAACCUGUCUCGAUCCCACGGGGUGGAGGGGAUCGGGACUGCCACGUCAGCAUUGCCAUAGCCCGGCGACGUCGCUUGCUCUGCCAAGGGAGCAAGGGGAGGAGGCGGUACCGCGCUGUUCUUCUUCGACGUCGCCGAGAGCACUGACUUGUAGUGCGGUUUCAGGGCGUCUAAGGCUUCUGCGUCGGCGGAAAAAGAGGAACGUAUCCCAGCUGCCUGAGGACAAGGACGAUGAGCUUAUCGACAGUGCGAAUGGCAAAGACGAAGAUUACACUCGUCCUUCUCUCGGAGGAGGCAUGCGCCCGUGUGCGCGACGCUCUCUCUGUUUCCUUGAUGGAGAUCUCCCUCCCUCUUCCGUCAGCGGAGGUGGAAAUGUGCAAGGCGGGGUCAAGAGGGUUGGGAGAUCCUCCUCUUCCUCUCCUCAUACCCGUCUCCACGACCUCUCUCCUCCUCCUCCACCCCCUCCUCCUCCUCCUCCUCCUCCUCCUCCUCCUUCAUCUCCUUGUCCUGAUGCUGCUGCUGUCGGACCUCCUGGCAGGGGUGUCGGUUAUCAUCGAGACAGUGUAGAAGUAAUAGAUCUAGUGAGCCACUCCUGUAGUGGAAAGCCUGAUAACGAUGUGCGGGAGGGUUCGUUGAUUGCCAGCCCAACAAUCGUAUCUAUCACCCGGGGGAAGGAAUGGAUUGCGCGUGGCAGUAGGGAACCGACUGGCGGGAUCCUCUGUCAGCAAUGCCAUGGGAAGACUGGGAGAAGCAGCGGAGUGCUGCUGUGCAAGGAAUGCGAGGCCGCCGCCUUUCACCGCGAGUGCGUGGUCCUUGGUAGUUGUGCUAACCUCUCAGAGACAGCCUGGCGCUGCAAUCCUUGUUGCGUCAUCAAGGCAAGUAAUCAUGACGAUGAUGGCAAUGCUGUCGUGUGCGACAGCGACGAUUCCGGUCGAGAGCCGCCAAGGAUCACGGAGGGGGAAAGGACAGCUGCAGCUGCGAAGUCGAGCAGAAAACGGCUGGUCAGAGAAGAGGAUUCCCCCGCCACCAUACGUAAUCUGAAAAGGAGGCGGAACAAGUCACCCCCUCGUCAACAGGCUUGUUCCGCUCCCCCUCCUCCCCCUCCUCCUCCCCCUGCUUCCCCUCGUGCUUGUUGCUCUCCAAGAGGGGGACAGGAUGAAAGGGAGGAGGAAGAAGAAGAAGAAUAUCUGGUUGGCGCGUCGAGUGCGCGUUCAUCAAGAGGAAACUGGGGUUCUAGAUUUGUGAUCGCAGGUCUGGAGUGCUUGUCGGACGGAAGAAGAGGAGAUUCUGCUAAGGGGGGGGAGGAGGGGGAGGAGUGGGAGGAGGAGGAGUGGGAGGAGGAGGAUGGGCUGGUGAAAGGGGGGGGGGCAGUAACGGUAAACUGUUGCGAGCGAAGGGGAGGAGGGUUGGGAGGGGAGCAAGCGGCACUGGGAACGAAAAAGACGAAGACGAAGAAGCAGAAGCAGAAGACGAAGAUUAAGGGCAGGGAGGAGAACCCGACUGUCAUCUCCUCGUCCUCCGAUGAUCCGAUGGGAGACCUCUUGUGCGAGGUGUGCCGACGUGGUGAUGCCGAGCAUGAGAUGUUGAUUUGCGAUUCGUGCGAACGCGGUUAUCAUAUGUAUUGUCUUUGUCCUAUUCUCGUUGCUAUUCCGGCGGGUGAUUGGUUCUGUUAUAAUUGCUCCAGAAAACCCGCCGUCAAACAGUUUCCCAUGGUGCAGACUAAGAUCAUCGACUUCUUCAGAAUCGUGUCAAGACCUCAGUCAUCUGACGAUCAUCAUCCUUCUGAGUCUGGCGGGCAGAAGAGUGCUGCUUCAGGUGCGAAACGAACAAGGCGGCAAGGUCGAGGGGUAUUCUCGCAAAAGCGAGUGAGUAGGAGAGAGUUGCUACCUCACAGGCCAUCAGCGGAUCCGGCCCGGCGGUUGGAACAGAUGGCUUCGCUUGCCACGGCGCUGACCACCUCUGGCGUUGAGUUCUCUGAUUACCUCACUUAUGUCCCCGGCCUCGCUCCUAGGUCUGCUAAUUGCGCAAAGCUGGAACGUGGCGGCAUGCAGGUGAUGUCCAAGAGGAGUAGAGCUGCAUACGACUGGUGCAAGGAGAUGACCAAGAGAGGAGAGUGCGCUCCGCUCUUGGUCAGACACGACGCUAAACAGGGUUUCGUAGUGGAGGCCGCUGAUCACAUUCCAGACAUGACGAUCAUAGCAGAGUACACCGGGGACGUUGAUUACAUGAGGAAUAGGUUAAGUGAUGCAGGGGAUAGCAUGAUGGGCUUGCUGUUUACAGAAGACCCAACGAUGGAAUUAGUCAUUUGUCCUGACAAACGAGGGAACGUGGCUCGAUUCCUUAGUGGAAUUAAUAAUCAUAGUCGAGGAGCGAGGAAGAAAAUAAACGUUAGGUGUGUGCGAUUCGAUCUGGAUGGGCAGGCUAUUGCUCUUCUGAUCUCCAUCAAGGACAUCCGGAAAGGGGAUUUCCUUUACUACGACUACAACGGCCUCUCGCGCGAUGGCUAUCCAACGCACCAUUUUAGGGAAGGACUGAGGUGUGCAGCUGUGCGUCUGGGUGAAGCUGGUCAUUCGGUGUUCGGAUAUGUCAUCAAGCCCAAGAGAGCUGAGGACUUUGCAUCCCUAGUCAAGGAAGCGGAUAGAAUCGAGUGCUACCCGAUUUUGUACCAACGAGAUGUCACUGAGGUCCAGACUGAAGACGGCGAAUGGUUUCCUGCGUACGUGUAUCACAGGCCAGGCGUGAACCGCUCCAGGCCUGUUCCAGGCGGGGACUGGCUUAACAGGUUGCGAUGAUGAGCGUCUUCAUCGAGGAGUGCUCUGUCUUCAGCGCGUCUUGUUCCGCUUAACGAAUUCGCCGAGACGCAUAACGAAUUUGCCUUCCACUUUGCCGCAUCAGCUCGCCCGCCAAGACGCUUGACAAAUCUGUCAUCGGUUUCUGAGAGGCAUGACAACAAGUUGAGCGUCACUUUGUGUACCCCAUGUAUACGACGCAUAUAGAUGAGAUCUGUGGAACUCCACGGAGUUCGUCAGAGAGCUCGUUACUUUGUGUACCCUUUGUAUACGACGCAUAUAGAUGAGAUCUGUGGAGCUCCACGGAGUUCGUCAGAGAGUUUGUCAGAGAGUUUGUCAGAGAGUUUGUCAGAGAGUUUGUCAGAGAGUUCGUCAGAGGGUUUGUCAGAGGGUUUGUCAGAGAGUUUGUCAGAAAGGAUCAGUGUACCGUUCCUCCUUUGCUUGCUUCUGUCAUAAAAGUCUUCCUUACAGUGGUUGCAUGAUUCCCUAAAAUUCGAGAGGUACUUGAGAUCACCUGCGCAUUUCGGACUCUCUCACGUCAUUGAAGUUUGUCCUCCCUAGUGCAGUGAGCCUCAUGUGCACCAGAAGCGCGUGGAACCGAUGACCUGCGCGUUCUGUCGUCUGUCUUCGUCUUCGUCUUUGUCGUCUUUUCAGUCGUAGCACUGCACCUCGUCGGCACCGCUUGGUUCGAAGCGCUGGCGCCGCAGGAGAGAUCCCUCGUGCAAUUUUCAUGAGUUUCUGUCUGCGCCUUUCAGUCGUGCUACGUGGUUCUUCUUGAUCAGCUGCAGCAGCAUUUCGAGUCACAGCUCGUCAACUCGAAAUGACAUUUGAGUCAUCGACUUACCGACGCCGACAUUUGGAGUUGCAGCUUGUGCACUCAAAAUGAUUAGAUGAUUGCUGGAAGAGGGAUUCGAACCCCCGACACACGGAUUAUGAUUCCGCUGUUCCAACCCACUAGA